AUGUUCCGGCCCGGCUUGGCCCAAAAGCCGUGGCUUUGGCCUGCAAAAAAUCCAGGCCGGGCCAAAGCCGCCAAUGACGGCUGGCUUUGGCCCGGCUCUGGCCUGAGCCGCGGCUCGAGUAGUGAAUUCAUGGUCCUGACAAACCUGAGCGGCACGUCACGACAGCGAGUCAUGUUUCUGCUUCCAGCCCCCCAUCCAGAGUCGAGUCUACAUGCGCGAAUAUACAUCGCCCGUACUGACGAAAACACCACUUGUAGCGAGGAGGACAGUUGCCUUUUUGAAAUGUGCAAAAACCGAGCCCAUCAGGAAGAACUAGCAGGGCACAUCAAAGACUUAGUAACUCAAGUGAAACAUGAACAGGAAGCUUGGGAGAGUCUUGAGCGCUCCUUCAACGAUGUCGAGAAGAUGCAUGAGUCUGAGCUCCGACGCGAACACCGUGCACUCGAAGACAAAGAAUCCGCACUUUCGGGAUAUGGAACAACGGUCCAAUCAACUAGAGUAAUAAUUACGAUUCGGCGUGACAGGGAAUGAAAAUGAGGAAUGUUUAGAUUCGUG